AUGUUCAAACUUAUCCUCAUCUCCACCCUGGCCGCGGCCGUUUGCGCCAUCGGAAAUCCGGAAUCGACCGCCCAGAUCCUGUCCUAUAGCAAUGUCCUCCAGGACGAUGGCCACUACAACUGGGCGUACGAAACGAGCAACGGAAUCGCUGCCCACGAAGAGGGCCUUGGAGCGCACCAGGCCAACGGAGCUUACUCGUACACCGGUCCCGAUGGUGUUCGGUAUCAGGUUGUUUACGUGGCCGAUGAGAACGGAUUCCGCCCGGAGGGUGCCUGUUGCGACGGAGCGCGUCCCUCACGUCGUCAGCAGCAGCAGAACCAACGAAGCAUCAUCGGGACGCUCCGCGAUGACAGGGCUGCCCAUCUGCCAACUCCACCUCCGACCCCGGAGCACGUGAUCAAGUCGCUGGAGCAGAUCCGGGCCAACCCACCGAAGGACCAGAAGGACUUUAGCUUGGAGGCGUUGGAUGCCACGCUGGCCCGACUGAGACUGCACUAG